CCGCUGGUUGAUUUGAUACCCAACCCACGCACACGACUUAUCGUUUUGGAGUCCUGGCAAGCCGACCCAUUCUUCCCUCCCUCUUGUUUCCCCCGCUGUGACCACACACUCGUACACCCGGACCUUUAAACACCACACCACACAAACGCAUCCACACCGCAUCCACUCAUCCAGCCAUGCAGCCAGGCCAACGAGUGAACCCGUUUCUGUCUCCCUGUGUCCCUUACUGGUAGCGAUAGAUCCCUCCCUCCCUCUCCACUCACUUAGUCAAACCUGCCUGUCUGUCUAUUUGCCUGCCAGCACACAGCCGACAAACAUCUCUCCCCCCGUCCCUCUCGCAGUCCCUCUCGCAGGCAGUGAAAAAAGAACCGCGCAAGCGAAAUACAGCAGCCCCCUUCCGAUCCACCAAUCCCUCACAGACAGCAUCCAUCGAGGCGACAAAGACGUGUGUACACAGACGGCGAAAGCAAAGUGACUGAGUGUGUGUGGGUCUCAACAAACUGCGGUUCUGUAUGCGUGUGUGUACGUGUGCAUGUUAUCCAUAAUGUACGUCUACGGUGGUCCCUCCAUGACAACAUCGUCUGCGGCAGAACCAGCACCACCACCACUGCCACUGCCACCAUCAGCAGCAACAGUAGCGGCAGCGGCAGCAGCAGCAGCAGCAGCCUGUGACGGCAACUCCUCACCUGAAAGACACACAACACAACACAACACAUGUACCUCUGCCCGCACCUUUCCACCAGUGCCUCCCUCUCUCUUUCCGCCCGCCCGGGAUACUUACCACCCCCAGAAGCAGCAGCAGUAUCCUUGUGCUGCGUGUGUGUGUCCUCCUUGACCCCGUUUGCCUCCGAUGGCCCGCUGCACUGGUCGGUCGACACCUCACCAAACGGCACAGACGCACCGGGGGCGGAGAUGGGGGCAGGUACGGCACCCCCAACACUCGCAGCACCAGGCUGAUCACCAUCACGCAUAUCAUCACCGGCGGCUGCAGGGCCAGCAGCAGGGCUGUGGUCUGGCUGCUCGGCCUGCAUCCCUACCGCCACUCCCGCCGCCAUUGCCUCGGCGAAUGGGGGCGGCUCGGCGAGCGGCUCGCUGCCGCCCUCCGUGCCCCUUAAUCCCAUCCCCGCCAACGCUCUUAUCUCGUCUCUGUAGCUGGUGGCCGCCGUGAUGGCCUCCUGCACGUGGAUGUAGGUGUCUCCCAUGACCUCGAAGCGCCGCUCGUCACUGUCGCCCACUGCCUUGACGGCAAUGACCACCUUGCGCGAGAGGGAGAGCUUGCAGAUCUUCAUGCCGAGGUCCCGCCCCUGCUCGCGCUUGAGCAUGUCCUUCAUGGCGCUCCGGGUGCAGCUCAGCAGGUGCUCGUAAGCCAGGGGCUCAUGGGGAGUCAGGUGCCAUGCGAUGGGCGGCUGGGGGGCCCGGCCGGCUUGCGAUGGACUGGCCGUCUCCAAAACAGCAGCGGCAGGGGAGCCCUCCACUCCUUCCAUGCCCUCGUUCUCGCCCUCCAUGCCCUCGCCAGCAGCAGGGGACCGCUGCAUGUCCAUCGCUAUGGCGCCUUCAGGCUGCUGCUCGUCGCCCUCCAGCACAGUGGGAAGAGAAGUGCCGCGACCCCUCUUGCGCCCCCGCCCAGCCGACACGCCACCCCUACCUCUACCCCGCCCCCUGCCACGCGACGAACGGCCCCGCCCUCUGGAAGGUGACUUCUCGAACACCACACCGGCACCCUCGCCCCCGUCCGAAGGUGACGGGUGCUUACGUGGCCUGCCGGGCUUGCGCUUGACGGCGGGGAUGAGUGGGAGGGGCAGCAGGGGCUGCUCGGUGUGUGCUGCGGCAGCAGCCGUGGGUGAGAGGUCCUCGUCUUGAUCUUGGUCAGGGUGUGGCGGGAGCAUGGGCUGGUCUUCGCUCUGCUGGGUGAUGGAGGACGACUCGCGGGACACCCGACGCAUCUUGGGUUUCCGUGGCGGUGCCAGGGGCACAGGGCCGCCCUCGUCUCCCUCGAGCUCACCACCCUCGCCCUCAUCCUGAUCCUCGGCCUCGUCCGGCAUUGCCAGCGCCCGCUUGGAUGGCUCCAUCUGCGCCUCGUCAUCGGCGGCAGCCCCCUCCUUCUUGAGGCGUCUCUUCGGCUGCCGGCUGCUGCCGAGCCGCAGGCGUCUGCCGUCGUCCACAGGGGCCCGUGGUGCGACGCCGUUUUUGGCCAGGAGGGCGUGGCGGACGUUCAUGGCCUCCUGGAUGAUCUGCUGGGCGGUCUUGCCCGGCACCACGUGGACCGUCUGUGUGUCCCGCUCGCCCUUUUUGCCGCCACUGGCCUCGUCGACGCGCUUCGGCACCGCCACACGGAUGCUGGCGCGCUCGCCGUCCCGCACCUCCCGCCGCAUGAGGGUCAUGUAGAGGCUGCCCGAGAAGGUCACCCUCAGGCGCUUGAUCUCGUUGUCCACCUGUUGGAUGAGGCUGAGGGACGAUGGCGGCGAGCUGCCCCCUGCGCCCGCCGGCUCGCUCCACCGCCGCUUGUCGCGCCGCAGCAGCAUGCUGUCGGACUGCUCCUCCGUGACGGCGCGGCGCACUCUCUUGGCCGCCGACGAUUGUGUUGGUGGCUUCUUGGUGUCAUUGUUCUCCUUCUUUAUGUGUGGCAUGGCGAUGGGCUUGUCAUCGUCGCUGCUGGACUCGUCAGGCGACUCGUCUACAGGUAUGCCGGGGACGAUGCCCACCUCACACGCGAGGGCGUCGCGGGACUGACAGGCCUUCUUGAGUGCGUCGAGGAGCGCGUGUGCGUUGCGGUUGAAGGGCUUGAGGACGUCCUGACGCGACAUGCCGUUGUGGCUCACCUUGACAACGUAACCGGACUCCUUGCGCGACCAGCUGAUGUACCGGUGACCCAAUGCUGCACAAAGUCAGACCAAUGUGUGUGUGUGUGUGUGUGCCCCUUGUGUGUCCAUUGUGUGUCGUCUGCGGUGUGCUGUGCUGUGUACCUUUUGUGUAUGCGUUGGCCCAGGUAGGUGCUUUGUCCGCUAGCUUGAGCAGCAGCUUAGUGGCGAAGUCCUGCUGCUCCUUCUUGGUCAACACGCCCUCGUGCGCAUGACGAAGGAAACGAUUCUGAACCACUGAAUGACAUUACACACGACCACACACACGUGAUGACGCAUGCGCAUCGAGUGAAGCGCUCUCUCUCUCUCUCUCUCUCUCUCUCUCCUUCUCUCUGUGCGCCUUACGUGUAGGCGUCUUCUGCUUGCCGUGCGAUUCCAGCUUCUGGAAGAUCAGUCCCUUCUCCACCGGGUCCGCCCGCUUGAGCCGCGCGACCACCUCCAUCGCCCGCCACAGCCCCUCCUUUCUCUCGUGCUGCGCCGCGAACCGACGCCGCAUCGCCGGGUCUCUCUCGAAGAACCCCUGGUUGUCCUUGAUCAACAUGUUCCGCAGGUGGGCCUCGAACCGCGGCUGCAGCUUAUUGCCCUCCAGCACGUAGGUGGCGUCAGAUGAGAUCUUGUGGGGGUGGAGGUUGAACAGAAGGGGGUAGGGAUUGCGCGAGGGCGACGGGGGGCUGGACGGGGCGAUGCGCUUCGGUGGCCGCGACGGCACAGCCGACUUGGCCGGUUUGCGAGGGGCUUUGGGCGGUGGCGGGGCGGCGGAUGGCGUCGAGGGCGCCUCGUCGUCAUGCGGAUCGUCUAUGGAUGAUUCGUCCUCGUGUCGUGCGGGUGGGGGUGUGGGCGGUGGCCUCUUGGCCUUGAUGGGACGCUUAGCCGAGAACCCACCACUGGGCGUCCACUCCUCCUCUGCGUCGCCCCUCGCCCGCGAUCUGCCCCGACCGCCGCCCCGCCCCCUUCCUCUCCCACGCCCCCUCUCUCUCGUGGGCUCGUGUGCGACGGGCAGCCGCAGGGGCAAAUCCUCAUCGCUGUUGACGUUGUUGUCCUGCCCAUUGUGCGGCAUCUUGCUCGGCCAGCUGACCCCUCUGUCAUCCUCCGCCUGGCGAACGUGUUCCUCGGCCAACAUGAGGGCCUUGUUCAGGGCGGCAGUCAGGCCGCCCUCCGUCACGGCGCCGUCACCCUCCGGAGCCGCGGUGAAGGACAGCUGGCCGUCGGCCGCCGGGAGGCCGUCGAGGGUCAGAACGAAGGCGUUCUGGUCGGCGGAGAAGCGGAGGAUCUCUUCAGGGUGAGCGAACUUGUCACGGAGGAAGGCGUUGUUCUGCUGGGCCCAUCGGUGAUGGAGCAGGGCCAUGGCCAUGGCCGCUGUGGUGUUGGUGGUGGUGUCUUGGCAGGUUGACGUGGCGGGCUGCUGUGGGGGCAGUAGGUGGGGGAGGGCCGGGUUGGCCAUUGGGUCGGCCGCGUCACCACUGGUGGGAAUGGGAUAAAGGUGAGAGGGGUGGGGGAGGGGGAGGGAUGGGGCUGGACCACCGCUAGACGCAGCCGCAGCUGCAGAGAACGAACCUGAGGGCACACCAUGACACACGAGAGAUGAGUGGAGUUGACUGCUUUUCGAUCGCUUCCCAUUGCUUACCAUGCUGGUCGUUCUUGUCGUCGGCGAUCUGUGUGCCAUCCGUGGCGGAUGCGGGCGGUGUCCUCUUCCCGCGGCUCCUCGGUGAGACGAUCGUGGGCGGCCGUGGCCCCACACCACCCGACGCCCUGGGCGGCCCGACCUCCCUCCCGAUGCUCAUGUGGCCCUCGUGCGCCCGCAUCACCUCCUCGGCUGACGUGGGCAUCGGAUGCGCACCCGCGGCCCUUGAGCUGGCUGGUGCUGCCAUUGGCACCGGCGGCGGUUGCAUCAUCAGGUGAUGCGGCGGCAGAUACAUGCCCUGUGGCGGCAUGAAGCAGGGCGGGAAGAAAUACGGAUGGGGUGGGGGUGGGGGGAACGCCAUGGCUGGGUGUGGCUGUUGGGAGUGAGGGGGGUGAGAAAGGGGCUCGGGGUGAGCGGGUGACGUUGUGCAGUUGGCGUCGUUGCCGGGGACGACGUCCACCUCAACCGGAUCCUCUGGGGGCGGCAACACGGGAAUCCUUGAGGGCAAGGGCGGCGCCGAGAGAGACAUCGGCGCGUCUACCUGAGGGAGGGAAGAAAGCAACACCGAUGCGCGUGUGCAUGAGCCCAUCCACUAAUGCCUCCCUCCCUCCCUCCCUCCUUACGUCAUGAUGGUUAUGCAGCUGCGAUGAGGGCACUGGAGUCCCCAAACGGCCCAUGUGGACACCGCCUUCGACAACAACAACGGGGUCAUGCCCUCCGGCUACUCCCCGGCGCCGCGCAGGGGAGUCGUGCUGCUGCAUGGCGACGUCAGCGGAGGCUGAGGACCCCCCCGCAUGUCCGCCACGACUCUCUGCGUUCCCAACGCGGCUCUCCAUCAGCUGAGCUGCCCCGUUGGUGCUGCCUCGCGGGUCAGGUGUGUGUCUGUCGGCGGAUGACAGGACGGGGAGGUGCGAGGGCUGGCUCAGCAUGGCACACACAUGCGCCGAGGCGAUGUGGCGGCCACACGAAACACAAGGGGGUGAUUCUUGGACGGAUAGUUCUCGGACUGAGAGUUUGGCAGGGAGGUCGUCACGCCAAAGAGAGCUGUCCUUCUACGAAUGCAGGCGUUUGUUC